AUGGAACCCAGCCUAGAUUUGUCCUUGGACUCAUUACCCAAAACCAUACCCCAAAUCCUUCUCCAACUCUCAUCCAUCUCCGAUUCCUUCACUAAACGCACCACGCUCGAUGAUUAUGUCAAGAGAUUGGAAGAUGAAAUGAGGAAGAUCGAUGCCUUUAAACGGGAGCUUCCUCUCUGUACCCAAAUCGAACACUGGGAUUGUGAAAAAAGACGAAGAGCAUUCGAAUUGUUCAAAGAUCAAAGCAAUUUCGUUAAAAGAUCCAAAAAAGAAGAUAUGGCGGUUUCAGAAGUCCCAAAACUUACUCUAAUGACAACAAUCUCCGAUCCUUUUCCUGUUAAUGUUAAUUUGACCGUCAAGAACGGCCGCGUCGGUGGACGGAGCGGUAGAGCUGCUGUUUCUGGGUCGUCUUCGCCGGCGGUGCAAAUAAAUGGACAGACGAAAUUGUCCCAACAGCAGCAGACUAUAAGGAAACAGAGACGGUGCUGGUCGCCGGGGCUCCACCGGCGUUUCAUCGACGCACUGCAUCGACUCGGCGGAUCUCAAGUGGCAACGCCAAAACAGAUAAAGGAAUUGAUGCAGGUGGACGGCCUCACCAACGACGAAGUGAAAAGCCAUUUACAAAAGUACAGGCUUCACGUUCGAAAAUUGGCCCCGCAGGAAGGUUCAAGCGGCGAGGGGUGGAUACCGGGAGAACACGACGGCGAGCACCACUCAAAGACAAGUGGUACACAGGCGGGAUCUCCAGAUGGGCCACUCCAGGGCGGUGGGUCUGGAAAAGCUCUGUCCAUAACCGAAGGGGAGAGUAUGGAAGGGGAAGAAGAUGCGAAAUCGGACGGCCAUAGUUGGAAGGGAAGGAUUCAGAAACAUGGAGAUGUGUGAUGAAUUGGAAAGAAGAUAGGUAAACGAAUGGGAUGUUUCAGUUCCGACAAGUUUUGCAGAGAAAUGGAUACAAAAUGGGGAAUUUGAAAUUUCUAAUUUUGUAGACACGACAGAGUAAGUAAGGUAAUAAUUGUAACUUACAAAGUUUUCUUCUUUGUUUAUGUUUUCUUCUUUGUUUAUGUGUAGCAAGCAAGGAAGUAAGCAUUGGAUGAUGAGGAUGUUACUCCUAAAACUUAUCUUUUUCAAGGGUAAGUUAUUUUGUUUCUUAAAUUUUCAAUGUUCAUGGAGCUCAGCACAACAAAUAAAUCGACUAUUUCACCGACAUAACAUCCUCUAGAUAUUUUAUAUGUAUCAUAUCUAUUAUCCAUGUAAGAACUUACCCUACUGUAUGCUAGUAGAUAUUGCUUA